AUGGCUCGCAACCGACAAGAGUCCACGCCGAGCAUGGCAUCGCUCUCUUCCUCCAUGGCGUCCCUCCUGUCGACGCAGGACUCGCCAUCAGACAGCUCCAAUCAGGGCAGCAACAGUAUGGCGUCAUCGUCAGCAACCCUCCCAUCCGCCUUCAACAGAUCCUCCCGACGGAAGCGACGGCUCGCACGUGGCCUCUCAACAGGUAGAGACACGAUAGACGAGGAGGAGGAAGGCAUGGGAUUGGCAUUCUCGACCCAAUGUGCCACUGUAGAGAAUCCCGACCCGGCACACAAAGACCAGUGGAACUCGAGCAGCGUGCCGAUCUACCAAUCGAGUACCUUCAAAGGCGUCGGCGGCACGUACGACUACUCACGCAGUGGCAAUCCUACCAGAGGCUUUUUGCAGCAUCAUGUGGCCAAGAUCUCUGGCGCUCGACACGCUUUCGCUGUAGCAUCCGGCAUGGGCGCACUGGACGUCAUCUUCAGGUUGCUCACGCCGGGUGACGAGAUCAUCGCUGGCAACGAUCUCUAUGGCGGCUCAAAUCGCCUAUUGACUUAUCUCAAGACACACGGCGGUAUCACUGUGCACCACAUCGAUACUACUCGACCCGAACUGUUGCUGCCCGUGCUGACUGCGCACGAGCCGACAGCGCAGACGAGCAAAGUCAAGCUGGUCUUGAUCGAAUCGCCUACCAAUCCUCUCUUGCAAGUUGCAGAUAUUGCCAAAUUGUCGGACAUGAUCCACCAGCACGCGCCUGAAGCAAUGGUCGUUGUCGAUAACACCAUGAUGAGCCCUUACCUGCAACGUCCGCUAGAACACGGCGCAGAUAUCGUCUAUGACAGCGCGACAAAGUAUCUAUCGGGACAUCACGAUCUCAUGGCAGGCGUCAUUGUCUGUGACAGGGACGACAUCGCCACUCGCAUCGCCUUUAUGAUCAACUCUAUCGGCAACGGUCUAGCACCUUUCGAUUCCUUUUUGCUCUUGCGAGGCAUCAAGACACUUGCUCUCCGACUUGAUAGACAGCAAGCGACAGCCCAGAUCGUAGCCGAGUAUCUCGAUGCUGCUGGCUUCAAAGUACACUACCCUGGUCUUUCCAAUCAUCCAGGUCGAGAGAUCCACGAGAGGCUCGCCAAAGGCGCAGGAGCUGUCUUGUCCUUCGAGACAGGCGACAAGGCGCUCAGCGAGCGAAUCGUGGGAGCAGCUCGGUUGUGGGGCAUUAGUGUCUCUUUCGGCUGUGUCAAUUCGCUCAUCAGUAUGCCUUGCCUCAUGUCUCAUGCUUCUAUCGAUCCAAAGGUCCGUGCGGAGAGGAACUUGCCCGAAGAUCUCAUUCGCCUCUGUGUGGGCAUCGAGGACACGGACGAUCUCAUCGACGAUCUCGAAGCUGCUCUCCUCGAAUCGGGCGCCAUCAGACUCCAAGACAAUUCGGAUGGUACGACCGAUAUCGUUCGCAACAUGAUCACUCCUCCUGCAACACCGUCGAGCAGGGCGAAAGCGAUUGGACAAGCGAGCACACAGACCAUCGUCGUUUCUGCACCGGGCAAAGUCAUUCUCUUUGGCGAGCAUGCCGUCGUUCACGGUAUCACUGCCAUUGCUGGCUCCGUCGAUCUGCGUUGCUUCUGUAUGGCUCAGCCACGCUACGAUGGCAAGAUUGGUAUAACCAUGCCGGAUGUAGGAUUAGACCAAGCAUGGGAUCUCUCAUCCCUGCCUCCAGUAGAUCCUUCGCUUGAAGGCGUACCGGAAGACUCAGUCGAUGCUUCCCUGCUAGAUUUGAUAAGGCAGCAUAUCGGUCACGACUUAGCGCCAGUCGCACAGAGAGCCGCCGAAGCCUUCUUGUACCUCUUCCUGCGUCUCAGUCGUUCGGCAACGCGCAUUGCUCAGCAUCUCACUGUACGGUCCACUCUCCCGAUCGGAGCAGGCUUGGGCUCAUCUGCCGCCUUCUCCGUCUGCAUAAGCUCAGCGCUUCUCUAUACCCAUGGCUACUUGCCCCUACCCUCUUCCGAAGGGAAAGACGGUUCGCACGCUGCUGAGAUAAAUGAAUGGGCCUUCCUGGGCGAGAAGAUCCUACAUGGCAAUCCAUCCGGAGUGGACAACAGUGUUGCGACUUACGGCGGCGCAGUAGCAUACACCAAAGCGACGGCAUCGACGAGUGCGCAGAUGGACCCCUUGCGCGGCUUCAAGUCUAUACGCUUCCUUUUGACCGACACGCGCGUCAGUAGGGACACAAAGACGCUCGUUGCUGGCGUUACAGCUCGCAAGACCCAGCAUCCCUUCAUCAUCGAUCCCGUUUUGCGUGCGAUUCAGGAUAUUUCAGCAGAGGCCAAGAGGUGUUUGACAGAUUCGGACAUGUCGCGCGAGGAUCAAAUCAGCACGUUGGAGCACUUGAUCGAUGCGAACCAUCUGCAUCUCAACUUUUUGGGCGUUGGUCAUAGCGCGCUAGAGAUCAUUGUCGCAAAGACAAGGUCUUACCAGCUCCACAGCAAGCUCACCGGCGCUGGUGGAGGAGGCUGCGCAGUGACCCUGAUCCCAGAUGGAUAUGACGAAGCAAAGCUCAAGCUUCUCAAAUCGGAGCUCGGCGAGGCCGGCUUCGAGUGCUUCGAGACGACUGUGGGAGGCUCGGGCAUCUCACUGCUCAUUCCUCAGUCUGGCUCAACUCUAGUCUCAGCUGAAGGCGGAGCUGAGCAACAGUUCAUGCCCAACCGGAGCUGGCUCGAGACGACUCCGGUGGUCGAUGAUUCAUGGCAUGUGAUAGCAUAG